AUGGAGAACCACCAAUUGGAUAAGGAGCGCCAGCGCAAGCAAGGCCCUCAUCGCUAUCUCCCACAACCUCGCCCUCCUAACUCUCCAGCUUCUGCUUCACCUACCCGUGAACAAGCUCUUUCUCCUGCGACCAAUGGUCAACAAGCUCUUCCUCCUGUCAUCAAUGGUCAACGUCCUUCGACGCAGAAGCCCAGAUACAGCGCCAACUCACAGCGAUCUUCCUUCCAGAGAUCCACAUCUAACGACAAUCGCCAACGUGGUCCACCGCAGACGACCAGAUUCAACAAUAAUAACCGUGGCGCCUCCUUCCGCAAGUCCGAGCCCUGGCAGCCGACCUGGAUUGACCUCGAUAAUAUCCCAUUCGCCUAUCACAGUGCCCUCGAGAUUCACCGCAUCCUUAUCAGAUAUGGACAUGUAUCUUGCAUCAACUGUCACGAUGGAACCAANAAAGCUUCGGCUCUCAUGUCCUUCGUUCGCUCUAAGAUCUUCAGCGAGCCUCUGCACGUCGGCGGAACAAGGCUAUUUGUCACAAGCCGUGUAUACAGGCCAAGAUUGAUUCGAUCCCCAGCAAACACCGCAAAGACUAUCGCUCAGAAAAUCACGCUUCCAGUCAACCAGAUCGAGUUCGGUACCAUGACUGAUGAGCGUCGUAUGAUGGUCAUGCACACGAUAUCAAGCACCAUUGAUCACCCAGCCGUGGUCGUGCUUGAUUUGUCCUCCGAUGCAAGACAUGCACUAGACUUCCGCUUNUUCAUUACAGCUGAAGUUGAUGCACCUUGGUACCAGGCUGAACUUCGUCUCAGCACACCUCUUCAGAUUAAGCAAAUUCGUCAUGAAGAUGGCCGCAGAGAGAUGAUCAUAACUUCUCAAUUUCCACCAAAAUGGUGGCAGAGUGUGGGAGGCAGCCUCCUUGAUGAAGUUUACGAAGACAGCCCCGAGCCUCAGAACUUUCAAGACUUUCCUAGAGGUUGGCGUCGUGUUACAGACAUAGAUUUGAAUCCGGAAGAGCGUGAUCUCAGUCCAGUGGCUUUCCUACCUCCCAGUCCAGUCGUCGACACAGGUCGUUGGCUGACAUGGAAGCUGGAGUUUCCGGCCAAGAUAGAUGAUCUUGCAUAUGGCACGAUUGUCGAGAUUCUGGAAGAUCACAAUGCAGCUGUCAAGAAGUGCACCUCCGCUGAAUUCGACACUGUACCACGACAAGACCCAGUCGUGUGGAAUUUACUCGACCCACACCAAGCUUCCCACGAAUCAGAUCUUCAUGAGAUGCAAGACGAGAUGAUGCACCUUGGUCAAGAGAUUCGCUACCAGCUUGAGGUCUGUAUCUCGAACAACAACAUUGUUGAUCACACCUUGAGCAGAGAGUUUCUAUUUGAACUCAGUGCCUUGGACAAAGACUUCGUUCGUGACUCCAAUAACCCUUCAAUUAUCUCACCAGCUCUUGCCCUUCUGGAAAACGUUGCGGACUCCAAGCGGACAUUCUUUGACCCAAUGGAGAUUUUCAGCACUUAUGAACUUCGCCAUCCACGAAAGCAUCGAAUCCCCAAGGGUUGUGUUUUGAUGAGGAGAGCAAUCAUCACACCUACCACUUUCUACGUCAAGACACCGUCGGUGGAGGUGUCGAAUCGUGUCGUCAGGGACAACUUCUACGCUGCAGGAAACUUCUUACGUGUCAGGUUCGAAGACGAGGAUCCUUUUGGGCGUCUUAUGCCAAUGCCGCACUAUGAAAACCAGCAUGAGGUGUGGGCUCGCAUAGAGCGUUGUCUUCGUCAUGGCAUUGACAUCGCCGGCCGCCACUACGACUGGCUUGCAUGUGGAAACUCGCAAUUCCGUGAGAGGGGUGCUUACUUCUUCGCACCCUACAGCGAGGAGAAGACUGCCCGCAACAUCCGCAUGUCACUGGGAGACUUCUCCAGUAUCAAUAUUGUUGCGAAGUGCAUGGCUCGCAUUGGCCAAUGUUUCUCAACGACUAGAGCUUCUACAAAUAUCGGCAAUGUUAACAGCACGCAGAUCAAGGAUAUCGAGAGGAACGGCUACUGCUUCACCGAUGGUGUUGGUAAGAUUUCCAAAUUCGUCGCCCAGAUGGUAGCCAACGAGUUGUACACCAAUUCUGGUCCCGAUGAACAUCCAUCCGCCUUCCAAUUCCGUAUGCGUGGCUUCAAGGGGAUUCUUGUGGUAGAUCCUGCUUUGAAGGGAAGAACGGUCCAGGUCAGACCUAGCCAGCGCAAAUUCGAUGCAGCAGGUCAUGACAAGCUCGAAAUCAUCAAGCCUUCAAAGUUUUCUUCCUCAACACUCAACCAACAGAUCAUUCUCGUUCUCACUACUCGAGGAGUUUCAAAGCAAAUCUUUGUCGACAAGAUGGCCAAAGAACUUCACGAUAUCGACCUCGCCAUGGACGAUGGUGCUACAGCUUUGGAAAUGCUUCAGAAGAACGUCGACUUCAAUCACAUCACCUUGACCAUGUCGGGCAUGAUACUUGACGGAUUCAUGGAAGCCAACGAACCUAUGUGCCAGAUCCUCCUGCAGCUUUGGCGUACCUGGAGUUUGAAGCAUCUCAAAGAAAAGGCCAAGCUGUUCGUCGAGAAGGGCGCAUUUGUGCUUGGAUGUGUCGAUGAGACUAACACGCUCAAGAUGGAUCCUGGCGAACUUCCUGAAAUUUUCAUUCAGGUACCCGGAGAGAAGGAAGGCGAAUGGAAGACUGCGCAAGGUAUAUGCUUACUUGCACGCAACCCAUCCUUACAUGCUGGUGAUAUCCGCGUUGUCCGAGCUGUCCAGUGUGAGGCUCUGAAACAUCUCAAGAAUGUUGUUGUCCUGCCACAGCAAGGAGAACGACCGCUUGCCAACAUGUGCUCUGGUGGAGAUCUAGAUGGCGAUGAUUAUCUUGUCAUGUGGGACCCUGAUCUGCUGCCACCAGUCAAGCAGUGGAAUUACGAGCCCAUGAACUACGAACCACCCGUACCUGUCAUGUGUGCCGGACCUGUGCAAGAUGAGCAUUUCGUCAAGUUCUUCAUCGACUACAUCAAGAAUGACAAUCUUGGUGCAAUUGCCACCGCCCAUCGCGCCAUAGCUGACAGAGAAGGGUCAGGUAAGGGCGUUGCGCAUCCUAAUUGUGAAAGGCUGGCUCAGCUCCACUCUCAAGCUGUCGACCUCAACAAGACAGGUGUUCCGGCUAAGGUGGAUCAAGGGCUCGUGCCGAGAGAAUGGCCCCAUUGGAUGCCAGGAAAACCCAAGUCGAGACAGUACAUCUCCUCAGAGGUGAUAGGAGUUCUGUACGACAUGGUACAACCCCAGCCAUUUGUGCCCCACCUCGAGAAGCCGUUCGACAGGCGUAUCCUCGAUGCAUACACCUUGAGCGACUCGCAUCUAGAGAAGGCACGAGAGAUCAAGCGCGGGUACGACCAGCAGAUGCGUCGUAUUAUGGUCCAGCACAAUAUCGACACCGAGUUCGAGAUCUGGACGGCCUUCGUCAUGAACCACAACAGAGAGCAGCACUGGUAUUCAUUAGCAGAGGAUCUCGGGAAUGUCAUGAACAGCAUCAGGGCAGAUUACCAAGCUCAGGUCAGAGAGUAUCUCGGACUUGUCGAUUCUGGUUACUUGGUUUCUGAGAAGGCUUUUAACAUCCUUGCACCCUUCGUGGCCGCCAUGUACGCCGUCACAGAACAAGAGGUGAUCAAAUGGAANGAGAGCAAGUUGGUGUCGAUCGAAGAAGACACAAAAGGCGCACCUCUCAUCACAUACCCUUGGAUCUUCAGCAGAGAGCUGGGCAAGAUUGCCACCAGACAGUCGGGACCUUCAGCAUUGCAGACUGCAUUUGCUGCCAAUGGUGGAGUCAGACGUACAGCACCGGUCGUCAAGUCCAGCUACAAGACUGAGCUGCAUAGUAUCAAGCUCGAGCCUCUCGCGGAAUGGAAGCCUGAGAAUGCUGUGGGUGGUCGCGUCGAAAAGACUGCUUUUGAUGUCGCAGGUGUCAACGAAACUGAAGAGAACAUAACGGAAGUGGAUGCAACAGAAACCCCUGAAGAGAAGAUGCUUGAGAUUGGCGAAAUCGUGGAGGAAGAAGUGAAGGGAGGAGUCUCCGAGUACGAAGAUGCAAAGGAGCAAGCUGCAGAUGAGGAAGGUGCAGAGGAGGAAGCUGCAGAGGUGGCAUUCACGCCCGACGAGUCUGAAGAGGAAGAAGGAGUCUCGGAAGAAACACCAAAGGAAGAAGAGGCAGCAAAGGAGGAAGAGCUCAUGGAAGAGGGAGCAAUGAACGAAGAAGAAGUAGAGGAGGUCGAGGAUGCGUUCGAUCGUUUGAUGGCCAUGACAUCGUAG